AAUUUUCAUACAUUUGACAUUGUCCAUUUUGGCAUGCCAUUCUAGACACUUCCAUUCCAUCCAAAGCUAUCUUCCAUUGUAUCUAUUGGGGUAUUUAGUUUCAUUGCUAUGAAUUCAUAAAUCCAAAGAAAUGGUUCAACCUUCUUUGUUUGCCUCUUACCCUCAACAAGGCAUUCCAAGACUCCCUCAGCUGCUGGACUGCGAACCUUUUUUACUUGGACCUGGAUCAAGUCAAUAUGUGAGAAAACCAGCCUUGCUUGCUAUGCAGCCCCAUGACUUGCGCCAAAUUCAGCCAUGGAAACAGUCAACUAGCGGCUUGUUAAAUAGUAACCAAUUUGACUCUACUAUUGGAAGACAUGUUUUAAGUGAUGUACAAGACACUCAUCUAAACUCUAUACGUUUCAGCGCUGGAAUUGCUAAACAGUGUGCAAGACAAAGAGAAAUUUUAGAGUUUCUUAGAUAUGUAUCAAGCGAAGUGGAAAGAGGUGGACUAGACAUGUCCCUACUUACCGACUUGAUGGGUCUUGAAGUAACAGCAGAUGAAAUGUUUCAGCAUCCACUUGCACCCAAAAAUGAAUUUUAUUUCCAGGAUGCUGUAUGUCAGCGAAAUCUACUUUUUCCGAGUAGCAAGAUUUAUUCAGAGAAGUCUCUAAUAGAUAUGGUCGGGGAUUUGGAUUACAAGUCAGAACUUCUGGUCUCCUUUGAUGGUCUAGUUGCUGGUGGUCGGAUUAAAUCAAUGGACUUGCAUUCCAUUAUUGCUGAGCUUAAUUUGUCGAAAAACUCCACGAAGUGGAGAAACCAGUCGAUGUUGGUCCCCCAGUUUGAUAGGUUAAAGAGCAGUGAUGCAAUCUAUGGAUCUCUGAAAGUUGAAACCACAAAUGUUGUUCCUCUGAAAAGUCCUCGGAAAACCAGGCUCCGGUCAUCACCAAACAAGAAGAGCAAUCAGAAAACAGGCAAAAAGAGGGAGCUCCACAGGAAGAGCAAUUUUCAUUCAUGUGAGGCUCUUUUGUCCAUAAUAUUCAACAAGAGACGGCAUGAAAAAACAGCUAUCCUUGAGCUGAAGAGAUCGACUCCAGAGUUAACUCCACUCCUGACCCAGUUAUCUGCUACCAUAGCCGGGACAGGCAUCGCUCUUGUCUUCUCAGUUCUGUAUAAAGUAGCUAACAGCAGUGUCCCUUUUUGUACAUCGAAACUAUUGAAUACAGCUUUGGGGCUCGGACUUGUCUGGCUUUCUUGGGCCGUGAAUAGAAUGAGGGACACAAUUAUUCACAUCAGCAGAAACUCGCGGAAGUUGGUGGCAAAGGAAGAAGAAGCGUUAAAGAAUCUGGACACAAGCGUCAAACAAGUUUAUCACAGAGCUGCUACAUUAAUGGUUCUCAUGAUCAUAAGACUUGCCUGAGUUCAGGUGAAAACUGCAACGAUUCGACAAGAUGAAUGGACUUUCGAGGAAGAUGUGCGUUCGGAGAAUUGAUCAUAUCCUGAGGUGGUUUUGUCAAACUAAAUGUGUCAAGGCCUCAUUUUAUCAUACUCCCCAUAGAUGUCUUGCAGGAUUAACAGUUUGUAAUUUAGGUUGCAGACAACUUUUGAGUUUGUAAUUAAGAUUUAUAAAUAAUCUUUUAUAGUAUGUAAAGAUGCAUGAUAUAUAAGGUUUUUUUUUUCUAUUCA